AUGGCUGGCAAGAAGGGCGAGAACUCCAAGAAGGUCGCCGGCAACGCUCGCAAGGCUGAGGCUGCUGCGCAAAAGGCCGCAGCUGCCGAUGCCAGACUGGAGGCUGAGGAAGCCGAUAAGUGGCAGAAGGGGAGAUCUCGCGCACGAAUACUGAUAGAAGCAUUGUCUCUUGUCACCAGGGAAGCCGAGGCCGCCAAGAAGGCUGAACAGGCUGCAAAGAAGGCCGAGAAGGAUGCUCUUCUCAAGGAGGAGGAAGCUAGCCUGGGCGGACGAGCCGAGCCCAAGAAAUCAAAAGCUCCUGUUAAGAAGUCCCGCGGCUUGGACCUCUCCCAACUUGACGGCGGUGUACCUUCAACACUGAACGCUUCCGGUAUCGAUAAUGCGCUCGAUGCCUUGUCGCUGGCGACCGGGUCCGACGAUACCAAGAUUGACAAGCAUCCCGAGAGGAGAUUUGCUGCUGCGUAUGCCAAGUAUGAGGAGCGAAGACUCGCUGAGAUGAAGGCAGAUGGCAGCGGCGUUGGCUUGCGUCUGGAGCAGCGCAAGCAGAGGAUCAGGAAGGAGUUCGACAAGAGCCCUGAGAAUCCCUUCAACCAGGUUACUGUUGCUUACAAUGCCACACGUGACGACCUGGACCAAGUCAAGGCUCAUGAAAAGUCCAAGAUCGAGAAGCGCCUGGGUCAAUGA